CCUCAGCAGAGUGUGGGCCCUCUUCCUGCCGCUGGCCUCAAUCCAGCACUAUAGACCUGACAGAAAGGGACAGAAACACAUCUCAAGAGGACCCAACAGUUAAGGACUGUGGACACAACGGAACACUUCCUGGCCCGAUUUGUCCCCUUUCUGGCCUGCUGUCUGGUUCCUUUUUCCACCCUGAUGGAGGACUCCUUAGAGCAGCCUCGCUGGGUGCCUCCAGUCCUCAUGGGACCCGAUGCUCUGACGAACUUCUCAGACCCCUCCCAGGGCUUGCUGCCUCCAGUGGAGGAUGGGGACUCCCUGUACUCCAGCACCGACUCCGACUUUGGUGGCUCUAUGCCCUACUUCUCUCCCAGCCAGUGUCGUUCCGCAUCAACCUACAGGCACAGCCCAGUUCAUCAGCUCUACUCAUCCUCCUCCUUUCUCAACAACAUCCAAUGGCUGGAUGCAUCUGGAGGUGCUUCCCUGGGUGCACCUUAUAACUCACCGUCCACUACUUGGACCGGCAGUCCCUUUGCCAAGACCCCUCUGCACGCCCACCACUCAUCGUACAGCGCGAUGAACCCCACCUCCUCAUUUGCACCCACUAGAGAUGCGCUUGUGCCCUUUGGUCAAGACAUAAAGGAGAGCUCCCACCUUCCGGAAGCCCUGAAAGCCGAACGGUCAAGUCCACAGGAUGUAGGUGGUGAUGAUUUUCUCAACCUGGCUUCAACAGCCGGGAGCGUAUACACACACUCUCCCCAUACCCACUCCCAGAUACUUGGGCCCCAGAGCUCUUAUAUGGCAUCCCAGCAGGAUUAUAGUGUGGCUUCACUUUACCCCAUGUCAGGGGGUUGGAUGAGCUCCUCACCAUACUCCCCAAACUGGCGGAACAAGAUGAGACUUUCCCCACCUGAAUACUCUGAAUGUGUGUGUGAGACAGAAGCUCGAGAGUGCGUGAACUGUGGGGCUACCGCUACGCCCCUGUGGCGUCGGGAUGGGACAGGCCACUACCUCUGCAACGCCUGUGGUCUCUACCACAAGAUGAAUGGCCAGAACCGACCCCUCAUCCGGCCCAAAAAGAGACUGAUCGUCAGCAAGCGGGCUGGCACACAGUGUGCCAACUGUCACACGGGAACCACCACGCUGUGGAGACGCAACGCCAACGGGGAGCCUGUGUGCAACGCCUGUGGCCUCUAUUUCAAAUUGCACAAUGUGAACAGACCACUGACAAUGAAGAAAGAUGGCAUCCAAACACGGAACCGGAAAGUGUCUAACAAGAGCAAGAAGGUGAAGAGGACUUGUGGAGCUGAGCCUUAUGGCCUCAUGCCCCAGGGAGCUACCUCAGAUGAGCACACAGGCUCGUAUUCCGUGAGCCCGGGAUCUCUGCCCUCAUACAACAACCCUUCCCAUAUGUUUUCUCCUUCGCCCAUGCUGCACGUCCCCGCAGUGGUGCCGUACUCCCACCGGCCGGACUCUGGAGCUGUGCCCACGCUGGUGUGACACGAUGAACCCGGUGGGACUGGUGCAGCAUGGAUGGGGAUCAAUGGGGACAC